AAAAGAAAAGAAAAAGUUAGGGGACACACAUUGGCAUUUUACUUUAAUCAUUGUGUCAGCCAAGAAAAAGAUAAAAGAGAAAGUCACCUCCUACAGUUCAGAUCAAGAUUUGUCGAAAUGGGUUGGAAUCGGUCUUGAUCGAUCCGAAUUGAAUUGAAUUGAAUUGAAAUUAAAACCGAAUCGUCCAUUUUUUGGGGGACGAAUAUGACCACUUUUUUUUAAUAUUACCACUUUAAUCAUUGUGUUUUUCUUAUUAAAAAAAAAAAUACUUUUUUUGAAGAGGUGAAAUCAAGUCGGAAAAUCUAAUUUGGUCCUCCCUAGUUGGUUGUAUAUACUAUAUAUCCUUCUUCUUUCCUUGUUCUCAUAAAUUGAUAUUAUUAUGAAUAAAAAAAUUAUAUUAAUUAUCAAAUAGUUUGCAUGCUAAUUCAAUUACUGCUUGCCUAUGGUUUUAUGUAGUUGAGAAUCACUUCCACCAUAGAUAAUCUAAUUGCUGAUUGCUCCGGAUAAUUGAAAAAAAGGAAAACUGUUUUUGUAGAGGAGUGUGGUUCCUCUAUAUGUGUGAGGAUCAAUGGGAAGUAUCAAUUGUGAUAUCAUUUUGCAUUUAGGGGAUGAGGUGGUCAUUUUGCACCACCAUUUCCCCCGACCCAAAAAAUCUGAUUUUCUUCCUUUUACUCUUUACUACAAUACAAUUAUUUUAUGAGACAUAUUACUUGUUCAAUUAGAGCUACAAGUUAAGAAAAAAAAAUUACUAAUAAAGCAUUGAAAAUUCCUCACCUAAUAAAUGGGGAGAAAAAAUUGUGAUAGAUGAGAAAAAGAAGAAACAAAUAAUAUAAAACAAUAAUCAAACUAUUAUUAUUACUAGAAAUUCAAUUUUUAGUGGGUCGAUAAGGAAAGGGAACAAAGAAAAAUAAUGAAAUAUGUAAUUUUUAGUGGGUCCACCUCAUGAGAAAGAGUGAAAAUGGAAAUGAGGUGGAAUUCUAUGGGAAAAAAAGAAAAUAAAAGGAGGAAAUACAAAACAAGUAUUUUAUUAAAUUAUUUGGUAGGACUUUGGAAGUGAAUGAGAUGGAAAAAAUUAAUUACCACAUUAAGAGUCAACAAUAGCUAUAUUAAAUAACCUUGUCUAAUAAGUUUCCAUCCCCAGUUAUCCAAUAUUCAUAUUUGUGGUAGUUUGUGAAAAAUAAAUACAACUUUCUCAUCCUUUUUUUUAUCUUUUCCAUUUUAUAAGUCAAACAAAUCGGCAGCAUGACUGUUGCACCUAAACACAAAAUGAGAUGAAAUGAUCACCACAACCUUCAUGAAAGACAGAAAUUCCAUCCCUAUUGAUGCUGCCAUGUACACUCUAAUUGACCCUCGUGCUAGUAUAGGGGACACACUACCUUUUAGGAAAGCCUCUCUUAAUUAAAAUUUAUAUAAUGACUAUUGUUCUUGGAUCAUAUUUUUGUCCCUCCUAUCCCCAUAUUAGAAAAAGAAAGAGAAUAACUUUUUAUCAGAUGGUUAAACAAAAUCUUAAGAGGGAAUAGACAGGAAUGCUAAAUAAGAUACGACAAGUCGUCCAUGCUUCUAUGUUAGAGUUAGAAAGUAUAAGAUAUAAAAUCCAUCUUCUUCCACUAUAUAGAUAUAUGGCAAACCCAGCGGCUAUGCCUAAGUUGGGCUCUGACCUUACAAGUAGAAUGUCCUUCUGUGACACAUAUACAAAAAGAUAAAAUGAUAAAGGCUGACACUUUAUUACUUUGAUCAUUCAUUGUAUGGGGGAAAGAAAAGAUAAAGAACAAAAUGACAAAAAAAAAAAAAAAAAAGCUGAAAGUGACAGUUUUUGGGCCUUUUCUUUAUUUAAUCAUUGUACCAUGGCAUGUCGGUGAAGAAAAGCAAAAUCAAAAAGUCACAACAGGUUAAAGUGACACAUAUUUUCUCUUUAUUAUGAAAAUAUAUAAUAAAAAGUUAAAAGUGAGUGUCCCUUUUCUUUAAUCAUUGUGCUAUGGGCGAAAAAUAAAAACAAAAACAAAAAGUCACAAAAGGUUAUAGUAACACUGGGGCAUUCACAUGAGGUUCAGGAGCGCGUGAGCAGUACUGGGUGUCUUUUUGGGAGGUUGACAAACCCUAACCUAAGGAUCAGGCGGUGAACUUCAGGCAAGAAAACCUUAUCGUUACUUUAGUUUGAUAAUCUUAUAUUAGGAAAAAAAAUAGAAUAAAAAAAAUUAAAGUAACAAAUACUGAUUUUUUUUUAUCAGACAAAUAUUGUCCUCAAAUCUAAACAUUGUAGGGGAGAAAAAAAAAAAAAAAAAAAAAAAGAACAUUACAAUUAAUCAUACAAUUAGUUGUUCUCCAACUAUAAAUUACCCUUUAUACACGUUUUUAAACCAAAUUCAAAAAAAUUGUUUUUUUUUUUUAAUUUGGAUUCGGAUGGAAUUAUUCUGCUAUCCAGAAUUAAUCUAUUCGGCCAUGAUUAGUUGUAGAAUUAAAUAACUAGGGUCAUGAAACUUUCUGUGAAUUAAAAGGUCUUGUACUAAUUUCGCUAUCAUGAUUGGGCCACUUAACUCUUACAUAACUUCUUUUUCCAAUUACAAAAGCUUUACUUUCUAUCUAUUUACAUGAAUUGUGAUGCAGGUUUUGUCAUGCUUAAUUCUUCCAUAACAUCUUUUUCUAAUUUGUAUUGUCAAUGGCAGAUAACAAUACUAUGAACUAAAAUCCCUAGUCUAAAUUUCUCUCAAAUGAUUAUUAUACUGGCACUGAUACCAUGAACCCGUGAAACAAUGUGGUUCGCUUGGUUUUGGGCAGUAAGACCCAGGGAUUCAAGAAUUGGAUCUGAAUUUCGGUCAAACAGGUCAAUUCAUAUAGGAAUUCAGCAGAUCCGAAUAGUUUUGCGUUUAUCAAUAUAGAUCUUAUGUCACAAGAUAUAGCAUGUAGCACAAAUCCAAGGGCUGGGAGUAUUUUGGAAUGUGCAUUCAUGCCUUGACUAUGCGUCUGAGAGCUCUCAACCCUUGGAUCUAUAUUACACUAUAGCCUGCUACGAAGGAACCCGAUCUAUAUAUACGAUAUUUCUGCUUAAAUAGGUGACAAGAAGUACUAUAUAUAUAAUUCAAGAGGUAAAGACCAGCACUUAAAACUUAGAAGAGGAACGAGUGAAGGAAGAAGGUUUAUGUGACAAGAUUUUGUAAUCUUGCCUCUCAUUGCGUCCUGGUUUCAGUCCCCUACCGGUUACCAAUUACCAUAGGAGACCUAGGAGGCAUUUAUUUGCUAGUUAAUUCUUGAGCAAAACGAUUGAUCUAAGAUAUAGUACUGAACUGGGAUUGUUUGCAUAGAAUAAAGCUACAAAAAUGGAGAUUGUCAUUGAAGCCAUCACUGAAGUGGUCAAGUAUUUGGUUUCUCCCUUCAUGGAUCACAUCAACUAUCUUGUUUAUUAUAAGACAUAUGCUAAUGACCUUAGAAAACAAAUGGCGAGUCUUGGAGAACUGAAAGCUGAUGUACAACGCUCUGUGGAUGCUGCUCGCUUGAGAGGAGAUGUGAUCAAAGUGGUGGGGGAAAGCUGGUUAUCAAAAGUGAAUCAAAUAGAGCCUGAGGAGACAACAUUGCACAAUGAAUUGGAAGAGAGCAAGGGAUGCUUCCAAAGGGGUUGCUCCUUGCGUUAUCGAGUAGGGAAAGAUGCAAAACGCAUGAUUGAUGAAGUGAAGGAGCUCCUAAAUAAAGGACAAUCAUUUGAUGCUGUGUCAGAUCCUGCUCCACUUCCUCCCGGCCUAGAAUCCAUGCAAACACUAGAUUUCCAUGUUUAUGAUUCCACAAAAUUAGCAACGGACAAAAUCGUGGAGGCUUUGAUGGAUGAGGGUGUCAGCAUGGUUGGUGUAUAUGGCAUAGGAGGGGUUGGAAAGACAACCAUGAUGAAAGAAGUGGCUAAAAAAAUGAAGAAAGAUGGGCUUUUUGAUCAGGUUGUGAUGGUCACUGUGGCUCAAGAACCAGUCUUGAAGAAGAUCCAAGGUGAAAUUGCAGAAAACUUGGGCCUGCCACUUUCAGAAGAGUAUCUGGAGGUGAGGGCAAGGUGUUUAACAGAGAGAUUGAAAAAGGAAAAAAUCCUCAUAGUCUUAGAUGAUUUGUGGAAGCCAUUAAAUUCACUGGAGAAGCUAGGAAUUCCCUGUGAAAGCAACUGCAAAGUAGUUCUCACGACAAGACAACUCGAUGUGUGUAUACAAAUGGGGACCCAAUCGAACGUUGAACUAAAAGUUUUGUCAGAGGGAGAUGCAUGGGCUCUAUUCAAAUGGGCUGCUGGAGAUUGUCUAGCAGAGAACAACAAUGUGUUGGGUGAAGUGGCAAAUCAAGUUGUUAGAGAAUGCGGGGGUUUGCCCUUAGCAAUCGUUACGAUUGGAAGGGCACUCAGAGCUAAGGACCUAUAUGUGUGGACAGAUGCGGCGAGCCAACUCAAGAUGUCAAGCUCAUCAUCACCGGACAUCGAAGGUGUGCAUGAAAAAGUUUUCUGCUCCAUAAAAUUGAGUUAUGAUUUUCUUGCAAGUGAAGCUACCAAAUUUUGCUUCUUGCUUUGUUGUAUGUUUCCUGAAGAUUUUCCUAUUUCUGAGGAUGAUUUGCUUCCUUACGUGGUGGGGGAGGGGGUGUUUGAAGAUAUUGGCAACCUAAAGGAUGCAAGGAAUAGGUUGCACAUGCAUAUGGAAAGACUUAAGUCAUCGUGCUUAUUAUUAAAUGUUGGUGAGCAUCGGAACGGAAGUUGUGUAAGGAUGCAUGAUGUUAUUCGGGAUGUGUCAAUAUGGAUUGCAUCGAAAGAAGGUCAUGAUUUUGUUGUAAAAUCUGGGAGAGGAUUGACACAUUUUCCAGAAGUAGAUAGGGAUAAGAACCUAAGGAAAUGUAAGAGACUUUCAUUAAUGCAAAAUGAAAUUACUAAGCUCCCCCUCGAAUAUUGCUCUGAUCAGCUUAUGACCUUGUCCUUGAGAGAUAAUGUGAGUUUGAGGGAAAUCCCUGAUGGUGGAUUCUUCCAAGGGAUGACAUCAUUGAAGACUCUAGAUCUGGUAAAUACAGGUAUCUAUUCGAUACCAUCUUCAUUGUCAUGCUUAACAGACCUUCGAGUUCUCUGUAUAAGUGAUUGGUCUACUUGGGAUCAUGAACCUUUUGAUGUGUCAUUGGUUGGGAAGUUGAAGAAACUUGAAAUACUUCAAGUACAAAAUUCCAAUGUAAUAAGAUUGAGCAAUGAAAUAGGAGAGCUUACAAAUCUGAAGUCGUUGGAUUUGUCAUGGAAUAAGAGUAUGAGUAUUGCCCCAAAUAUUUUAUCAAGGUUGUCUCUCUUGGAAGAACUCAAUCUUGAGGGAAGCUUUCAUGAGUGGGAGAUCGAAGGAGGAGGAUCCAAAAAAGAAGAAGAAGACGACGGAGGAAUAUUAAGUAAGAAGGCAUGUUGUUGUUUAUCUGAGGUAACAUCUUUGUCUUCUUUGACUAGACUAAAGAUAAAGGUAUCGAAUAUUAAAUGUUUGGGCAGUGCAAAUAAUAUCCCAUUUCGCUUCUGGAAAAACCUCACACACUUCUCAAUAAUUCUGGGAAACAUCAAAAGGUCUGAAUUGAACGAUGAUCUCAAGGAAUGUGCCACUGUGGUGGUCAUUUGUGGAGCUUCAAUAAUUUGUGGAUUACCUAAUAAUAAUCCACUUUUAAUGUUGGAACGAACAGAAGGGUUGCAACUGAAUGCGUGUCGUGGUGACGCUGUAAGCAAUCUUGGUGCAAAGGUUUUGAAUAACUUGCGGAUUCUGCAUGUUGAGAAAUGUGAUGAUAUGGAAUAUCUUUUGAAUACUAUUCCACAAGUCACAUUUGGCAGUUUGGAAACGCUUUACUUGCGGUCCUCACAUAAAUUGAAGGCAAUAAUAAUGUGCAACCAUGGGUCGUCUCUUCCAAGUGGAUGCUUCAACAACCUAAGAUUCCUACAAGUGGAUGGAUGUCAUGGUCUAAUUAGUAUCAUACCCUCUGAUCUGCUGGCAAAGCUAUCAAAUUUGGAAGAACUCCGGGUAAGUUAUUGUAAUGGGGCGACUGAGGUAUUGGACUCCAAGGGACUACAACUACUACUUGACGAUGAAGGACAGGCAGAGGCUACAAUUUUAUUGCCGAAACUGAAACAAUUGAAAUUAUCAUCCCUUCGUUCUCUAAGGACCAUAUGGGAUGAGGGCGUUGUCCCAUUGAACCUAGAGGAGAUAGAAGUGAGUAAUUUAAGAUUGAAAUUCAUAUUCUCACUAGCAAUGGUGCAGAGGCUUCAACAACUACAGCGGCUUUAUAUUUCGUCUUGUGACAAAGUAGUGGAAAUAAUCUCAUUAAUGGAGGGAGAUGAUACACAAAGAAUUACCUCGUCAUCAUCAUCAUCAAGACUACUACAGUUGAAUAAUAACAAUCCGUCUUCUUCUUCUUCUUCGGUAAUACUGCCAACGCCAUCAAUUUUUGGCAACCUGAGAAGUUUAGAGAUCUGUUAUUGUCAUAGGUUGACGCACAUCCUACCAAUGAGUUUGGCCCAAGGUCUCCAACAACUAAAAUUCUUCCAUAUUUAUUUUUGCCCUAAUUUGGAGGAGAUAAUUCAGAACGAUCAUCAUCAUGACAUGGAUGUUGAAAAGGAGAACGCGACCAUCAUCAUGUGCAAGAAGAAGACUACGCUACUACUAUUUCCUUCAUUGGAAACAUUGUACGUUCGGAAAUGCCCCAAAUUGAAAAGGCUUACACCUGCGAUUUCCACAGCAACAAAACUGAGGGAAAUUAAUGUAGAAGAAGAAUGGUUCAAUGCGUUGGAAUGGGAUGAUCAAAAUGAAAAGUUGCAACUACAAGAAAGAGUCAAGGUGAUAUUUAUAUGACCUCCAGCAGCCUAGGAAACAGAGAGUGGCUCUUUCUGGUGACAUUUUAUGAAAGGAUUCAAGUUCCUAUUUCCGAUGAAAAUGAAGACAAAGAUGAAGAUGAAGAUGAAGAUGAAGAUGACGAUUAGCACCUUCUUGGACUAAUUUUGCUGAACAAUUUAAUUGCAUGUGCAUCGAACCUCUAAUUAAAUGUCUUAUUCUUCUGUGUUUUUGUUUGUGUCUAUCUGAAACAAAACUCAUUGUAUAUGAUUAAGGGAUAUGUCUCUGUUUGAAACAAAGCCAUUCUAUUUGAAUAAAAUAUAUGGAUAACAACAGGUUUUUCCUA